AUGUCUUCCUUACUGAGAGCUAUCCCAAGAGUUACCAGAGCUUCACUGGUGUCUACUGUGAGAAAUCAAUUCCAAUUAAGAUGUUAUGCUUCCUACCCUCCACAUACCAUUAUUGGUAUGCCAGCUUUGUCACCAACUAUGACGCAAGGUAGCUUGGCUGUCUGGGUCAAGAAGGAGGGUGACCAGCUGAGCCCUGGUGAAGUGAUCGCUGAGGUGGAGACUGAUAAGGCUCAGAUGGAUUUCGAAUUCCAAGAGGAAGGAUAUUUGGCCAAGAUUUUAGUUCCAGAAGGUACCAAAGAUAUUCCUGUGAACAAGCCUAUUGCCGUCUACGUUGAAGAACAGUCCGAUGUUGCCGCUUUCAAGGAUUUCAAAGUCGAAGAAUCCUCUUCUAAACCUACUUCAGAACCAGUGGAGAAGAAGGAGACUAAGGAAGAGAAACCAACCAAGUCGGCUGCUCCAGAGAAGAAGGCCAGUAAGUCUUCUGCUCCUACCGACAGAAUCUUUGCAUCUCCUUUGGCCAAGACUAUCGCUUUGGAGAAAGGUAUUGCUUUGAAGAAAGUCACUGGUACUGGGCCUCAUGGUAGAAUCACCAAGGCUGACGUCGAAGCUUUCUUGCAGAAGGCACCUGGUGCUACUGCAGGUGCAGGUACUACUGCUCCAGCUGCUACUGCAAGUUACGAGGAUGUCGAAAUCUCUAAUAUGAGAGGUAUCAUCGGUAAGCGUCUAUUAGAAUCUACCCAAAGUAUUCCAUCGUUCCUAGUUUCUUCUGAUAUCUCUGUCGCCAAAUUGUUGAAAUUGAGAAAGUCCUUGAACGCAUCUGCAAAUGGUCAAUACAAAUUAUCGAUCAACGAUAUCCUAAUUAAGGCUAUCUCCGUUGCCGCUAGAAGAGUCCCAGAAGCCAAUGCUUACUGGUUGGCAGAAGAAGGUGUCAUUAGAAAAUUUAAGAACGUCGAUGUUUCCGUGGCUGUCGCUACUCCAAGCGGCCUAUUGACUCCAAUUGUCAAGAACGCCGAGGCUAAGGGUUUGUCCUCGAUUUCUUCUGAGGUUAAGGAACUUGUUUCCCGUGCCAAGAUAAACAAAUUGACUCCAGAGGAGUUCCAAGGAGGUACCAUCUGUAUCUCCAACUUGGGUAUGAACAACGCUGUCUCUUUCUUCACCGCCAUCAUCAAUCCUCCACAAUCCACAAUCUUGGCUAUCGGUACCCUAAAGAGGGUAGCAAUUGAAGACGCCGGUGCUGAAAAUGGUAUCUCGUUCGAUGACAAGAUGACUAUCACCGGCUCUUUCGAUCACAGAACCAUCGAUGGUGCAAGAGCCGGUGAAUUCAUGAAAGAAUUGAAGGCCGUUAUCGAGAAUCCACUAGAGUUGCUAUUGUAA